AUGUUUCGUGAUAUAACUACCUCUUCCCCCGUUAGGGCUACUUUAAAUGAAAACGGUUUAGAAGAAAACACGAUUGAUACUGAAGAAAUAAAUAAUACUAAAUUCUUCUCAACUACAUGUGAAUAUAAUUGCGGUAGACCUUUAACUUGGAUAUCAACUGCAUCAACUACGAAUACUCGACCUGUUACUCAUAAUGAGAGAAAUAGUGAUGGUGAAGAAAAGAAAGAGGCUACAAGUACUACCAGUAGUAUUACAAAACCUUGUACCACAUCAAACCUUAUCCCUGAAACAAAUACUGUUGCAGAGCUAUUACUGACUACUCAUAACAGAAAUCCUAUAAAUACACCUAAAACGACUAAUGCCUCAGUAACCGCUUUCAAUAAUCCUUCGAAAUUUUCUUCUAUAAAUACUUUUUCUGACAAUGCCGGAUCCGAAUUUAACAACAUAAUAGACCCUUCAACCGACAGUGAGCCCGUUUCAAAGCCAAAACCAACAAACAUUGUUAAGUUAACUUUAGCAUUUGAACCAACAAUAUGUAACAAUUGUCGUAGACCUAGAACGUGGGUUACAAGACAGAGAAAGACUAGACGAUUAAAGUACCAUGGAUACAGGUUUUAA